AUGACAUGUCAACGGAUUUCUGUCACUACUGAUACAUGGACAAGUAUCCAAAGAAUCAAGUGCAUGUGUCUUACGGGUCAUUUCAUUGAUACUGAGUGGAAGUUGCAUAAAAUGAUCUUGAACUUCUGUCCUAUUUAUAACCACAAGGGUAAAGCUAUUGCUAAGGGGGUGGAAGAAUGUUUGACUUCUUGGGGUGUGGAUGAAAAAUUAUUCACUAUUACUGUUGAUAAUGCAAGUUCUAAUGAUGUUGCAUGUUCUGAAUUAAGAAAAAUGAUGCAAAGUAAAUUGUCUUUUAUUGGUAAUGGUGAUUAUAUGCAUAUGAGAUGUGUUGCACACAUUAUUAACCUUAUAGUGUGGGAUGGGUUGAAGAAGAAUAAAAAAUCCAUCAAUAAGGUUAGAUAUGUUGUGAGGUUUGUUAAGAGUUCUCCACCUAGAUUGAAACUUUUUAAAGACAUAGCUGCAAGGUAUGCUCCAAACCAUUCUUCAUUGUCUUUAGAUAGUGGUGGUAUUGGAGAAGAUGAUUUGAGAAAUUCUGGAGCUCCUCUUGAGAGUGAUUGGAAGGUGGUUGAAGGGUUAGUAGUUUUCCUAAGAGAGUUUAAGGUUUUGACUGAUGUCGUCUCUGGUUCAUUGUAUGUAACAAGUAAUAAUACUUUUUUUCACACUGCUCGUGCUCUUGAUCAAUUGAAAAGGUGGAUGAAUAGUGAUGAUGGAGAUUUUAGACUUAUGGCCAUUACAAUGCAACAAAAGUUUGACAAAUAUUGGGGAGAUAUUGAAAAGAUGAAUGUGUUGAUCUAUAUGGGUACCAUACUUGAUCCCAAGGUGAAAUUUGUAGGCUUGAAACUUUCUUUUGCUCGUAUGUAUCCAUCAUCUAAAGAUGAAGAGUUAAGUCAAAUUGUGUAUUCGUAG